UCAAAAACGUGAAGUCCACAAAAGUCAAAGCGUAUGUCAUUUUGAAUCAAAAACAAAUGUACGUACUCAGUGCAGCAUCUUUGACUCGUUUGUUCACAAACAGAAUGAAGAAGGUUCUGGUGCUCAAUUCUUUAACUAACGUGCGAAAAUGUUCCACAACAGCCGCUCCAACCUUAUCCCUCAGAAACUAUGAAGAGUUGCCCUCUGUCCCAGGGGGUUUGCCCUUCUUAGGAUCCUUCAUGAAAUUGGGUGCCAAACCUUACGGCUGGGAAAAACACACCGAAAAUUUACAACUCCUCCGAGAGAAGCAUGACCCUGAAGACUAUGGCUUGUUGAGAAUGACUUCUAGAUUGUUCAACCCGACCGGAGAAGGACGCAUUCUGGCUUUUUUCGAUCCCAAGGAUGUUGAAAUCGCGUAUAAGCAUGAGGGAAAAUAUCCAAAUCGGGGAUCAGGCUUCGCUCCGCUUCUCAAGUGGCGUCAAUCAAGACCAGACAUGUUUGAAGAAACCACUGGUGUUCUCAUGGAGGAAGGAGAGCAAUGGCAUCAUGUUCGAAGUCUGGUUCAACAAGAUCUAAUGAGGCCCAAGUCGGCCAUGUUCUACUUGGACCAAAUCCAAGACAUUGGGCACGAUUUUGUUGAUUUUUUGGAUCGGAAGAUGAGUGCUAGUGAGGAUGGAAAGACCAUCCGUGAUUUACUUCCACAACUCUACAAUUAUGGUUUUGAAGGUAGCGCCGCUAUUGCUUUGAAUAGGAGGAUGGGCGUGUUUCGUGAAAAUCCGGAUCCAGAGGUUUUGCAGCAAUUGCAAGAAGUCCGUUAUGUGAUUGAAAUGUUGCCUGAACUCAUCAUGGGUAUACCUUGGUAUCGAAUUAUCCCUUGGAUGUCUCCAAAAUAUCAGAAAUUUGUCGGCCAUAUUGACAACUUUGCCUACUUCGUCAAAGCUCAAAUUGACGAAGUGAAGGUCCAGAUCAAGGAAAAGGUUGAGAAAAACCAGCUCCAGAAAUCUGAUGAUAUCUCAGUGCUCGAAAAGCUCAUUUUGAAGAAUGGACUGACUUCCAACAUUCCUUUUGUGAUGGCCUUGGAUAUGAUUGCCGCUGGCAUUGACACCACUGGAGCCUCUUCUGGAUUCUUAUUGUACCAUCUUGCUGCUAAUCCCGAGAAACAAGAGAUCCUGCGGAAAGAGCUCCUGGAACAUGACCCGCACAUCACCGAGAGUUCCUUAAAGAAGAUGCGAUAUCUGAAGGCGUGCAUCAAGGAAAGUGCCAGACUCACUCCCAUAAUAACUUUCCAUUUACGAUUAAUGCAAGAGGACUUCAGUGUCAAAGGCUUUAAAAUUCCUGCCGGAACAAUGGGAAUGUGGAGUACAAUACUGACAGGAAGGGAUCCAAAAUAUGUCGACAACCCAACAGAAUUUCAGCCAGAGCGUUGGCUCCGAGGAAAUGAAUCACGGAUUGGGCCCUUCAUUUCUCUACCCUUUGGACACGGUCCUCGGAUGUGUGUGGGCAAGAGGUUUGCCGAUAUUGAGAUGCAGUUACUCACGGCCAAGCUCAUCCGUACUUAUCGUUGGGAGUGGAUCGGAGAGCAGACAAUCUCCACAAAAUGGCAGUUCAUCAACGUUCCCGAUAAAAGUCUGGAUUUUAAGUUACAUCGACUCAAUUCCGAUUAAAAGUUUUCAAUCGUU